CUGGUGGCCAUUUAUGAAGUUCUGAAGGAUGAACAGAGACGGAGGAGGUACGAUGACAUCCUGGAGAACGGACUUCCUGAUUGGCGGCAGCCAGUCUUUUACUACAGAAGAGUGAGGAAGAUGAGCAAUGCUGAGCUGGGCAUUCUUCUCUUCCUCAUCCUCACUGUGGGACACUAUGCAGUCAUCUGGUCCAUCUACCUGGAGAAGCAGCUGGAUGAGCUGCUGAGUAAGAAGAAAAAAGAGAAAAAGAAGAAGCUGAGCACCAGACCUGCAGAAGAACUCAAGUGGACCAGUUCUGAUCGCAGCGACAGAACCCAGGAGCGACCUCACUGGCAGGACAUCCUCCCUCUGAAGCUCAGCAUCUGGCUUUACCUGUCGAUAAAAAACCUGCCGCAGACUGUCCAU